GAGGGGUUUAGGUCAGUAUUUUGAAGAGAAGAAUCUGGCGCCAUAUCGUCUCUUUCAGGGAAACAUUCAGAAUUGAGUUUAUACCGAACAGUCAGUUGAGCGUUUCAGAGCAAAAUUCUGAAAAUGGAGACCGAAAGAGAAGUAGCGUGCAGGGAAAACGAAGAGCUAGCGGCGCACAUGUGGAAGAUGGCGGAAGACAAGAGAGGGAUAUCAGAUAAUAUUUAUAAGACUCUUCACAAGGCCUACACUAACGUCUGCAACUCCAAGGCCCCUAUUAAGACCCUCCGAGACCUUUCUCAAAUCAAGGGUGUGGGGAAGUGGAUUUUGAAACUAAUGCAAGGCUUUUUUGAGACUGAUUCGGAGGCUCCUGGUAAUGAGAACUUGAGUGAUAAAGGGAAGAAGAGGAAGGGAACUAAGAGGUAUAUGCCACAGAGGAACUCUGUGGCAUAUGCCUUGAUAAUCACACUCUACAGGGCCAUAUCAGAUGGAAAGGAGUUUAUGCGCAAACAGGAGCUGAUUGAUGCAGCGGAAGCGAGCGGUCUUUCCCGUGCUCCAAUCGGACCUGAGAAAGGAAAAGGGAAACCUGGGAUUGGAAACUCACCUAGGGACUGGUACAGUGGAUGGAGCUGCAUGAAAACACUAGUAACUAAAGGGCUGGUUGUCAAGUCUAGCUGCCCGGCCAAGUAUAUGCUAACAGAAGAAGGAAAGGAAACUGCACGUGAAUGUCUAUCAAGAUCUGGAAUUGUUACUUCUGAUGAAAGUCUGGCCAACAUGGAAGAAAUUUCAAAUUUGGAUGGGAAGGUCAUGGAAGAUGAGGGCUUCUCAGAAAAGGACAUGUCAGAUGUGGAAAUUGAAAGUGAAUCUUCAGAAAAACAAGUAGCAUUGCCCUCUCUUCAAUUGGGUGGGCAGAAGAAAAUGAUUGAUAUUCCCCCAGGGUGUUUUGACAGGUUUAUGGGAAUGGGGUUUUCCAAGGAACAAAUUACUCUUGCUUUUUCUAAGGCUUCAGAGACCUCACAAGGAAAGGACAUAUCAUCACUUUGGCCGACUGUUCUGUGUCAACUUCGAGAAGAUCAAGUCUAUGGCCUAAGUUCUAGCACAGUUGAGGAAAGAGUAGUCAAGACUGCUUGCAGGGGACCAUCCGAUGAUCCAAAGUCUUCUAGCUUUGCAGAUUUCAAGCAGAACUCAACUACAUUGAUCGCCUUCCCAUCCCCUGCACUCUCUGUAGGCAAUAAGGGUGGAAAAUACUCAGAAGCUAAAUCUAGUAUUUUAUCAAUGCCACCUCUGACUUAUGGAGAGAGGUUUGAAGAUGUUUAUGAAGUAAUUUUGAUAUUGGAUGAUCGAGAGCAAUUUGUUAGUCAAGGGUCGCGUUCUAGGAAAAUUGUUGAGAACAUCAGUAUGCAAUUUAAAAUUCGAAUAGAGGUUAGACGGUUACCUGUUGGGGAUGCAAUCUGGAUAGCUCGGCAUAAAAAUACUGGCAGUGAAUAUGUUCUUGAUUUCAUUGUGGAGAGGAAGAAAGUUGACGAUUUGCGCAGCUCAAUCAGAGAUAACCGAUAUAAAGAUCAGAAGUUGCGGCUUUUGAGAUGUGGGCUCAAAAAGAUGAUAUAUGUAGUAGAAGGAGAUGCAAAUGUAUCAGAAGCUGCUGAAAGCAUUAAAACAGCUUGUUUUACGACUGAGAUCUUGGAGGGAUUUGAUGUGCAAAGAACAGCUGGUUUGGGAGAUACAUUAAGGAAGUAUGGCUAUCUUACUCAGGCAAUUGAUCAUUACUAUAAAUCCAUGGAGGACAAGCAUAAAAGUCCUGAAAUGUGCCCCCCUUUUAAAGCAUUUAUUAGGAGGUGUGAGGAUUUGGACAAAAUGACCGUCAGUGAUGUAUUUGCCAUCCAACUCAUGCAGGUUGCACAGGUAACAGAAGAGGUUGCUUGGACUGUUUUGGAUAUGUAUCCAACUUUGUUUUCUCUCGCACGGGCAUACUCUCUUCUGGAUGGUGAUGUACGUGCACAGGAGGAAUUGCUUAAGAAGCAGAGCAGUAACUUAAUCAGUGCCACCGUUAGCAAAAAUAUUUUCCAACUGAUUUGGGGGAGUUAAUCACUGCAUGCAUUGCCUUUUGGUCACUGCUCAGAGUUGAUGGUAGGAAUGCUUAAGGGAGGAUUUGUUUUUCCAAUCCCGGCAACACAUGGUGUAAAUAUGUGAUAGGUUUUAUCUGGUUAGCUUCUUUGUAUGAAAGCACAUUUAGCUCAUUAGAAACAAUAUUUUCUUUUGGGAGUAUACAUUUUUUGUAUGAAUGUUUCUACUCUUUUUCAUAUUGUUACAGUAUAUUCAGCUGAGGUAUCCUAUCUAACUCUA